AGCUUUGCAGCGCAGUUUCAAUCUGAAGCUAAACAUGAACGGCAGCAUUUCAAUAUCUCGCCGACUGAGAGCGCUAAUCUGCCUCGGGCUGCUUAUCAGUGGGAGCGCAGCUGAUUUGAGUAAGGACAACGCGGCAGCCGAUUUGUCUGUGAGGGAGAUCGAGAGGCUCUACAAUGAGGUGCUAGACUCGAGCAUAAAUAACUUCCGGCAGAGGAUGCGUAGCACGAAGAGCAACAGCUCAAUUGAUAAGCAAUAUUUCGAGAUGUUAGACAAAGCCACGAAUGAGAGUUACUAUAGCACGGCAUACCUCAUAUUCUCCCUCAUUCACGACGACUGGCUCAAGGGGCGCCAAUCAGACGAGGUGCUACAGCAGCUGCUGCCCGAGGAGAAAGUCUCCAUUCGCGCCUUCUUCUCCAAGGCCCGAUGGGAGUUGGUAAAGUACUUCGAAGCCACGCACACGACGAACGAGAAGAUACUGCAGUAUGUUUCCCGUUGGCAGAUCGAAACCGCAGAUAGCAUCAUCGAGGCCUACAUGGAAUUUCCCAGCAAGCUACGAGAGACGGUGCCAGAGCUGCAGCUAAUGGACUACAUGGCCCAGGGGAGAAUUAUUAUAGAGGCCGUUGCCCGAGCAUUUGCCCGAGCAUAA